CACUGACGUGUCUGAUGAGAGUUGGGUGAUAUAUAGUGCACUGAGAAAAACCCCACUCAGGAACUUCAUUAUUCGAAGCAUAUUAUAUUAGCAGCGGUUAAAUUGGUGAUUGGUUCAUGCCCCAUGUAACUUGGGGGUGAAUCUUGUAUAAAUAGGGCAUCUCGCUCUUAGCCUUCUUGCUCCAUAGUCUUUCCUUUCCUCUUCUGCCUUUUUAACACCAGAUUUAAAAUGUUUUUGAUAUAUUUUUUGAUGGGUUUAGUAACCCAAGCGUCAGCCCUUGAUGCUUGCCCUAAAUGUGGUAGCAUGGAAGUCCCAUACCCACUAAGCACCAGUGAUAAUUGUGGAGAUCCUAGGCAGUUUGAGGAGGCAGAACAAGAGGGAAGUGGAUGCAAAGGUACCCUCUGUUGCCAUUUCUUGAAAGAUGCAUCAAUGACUCAAUAUAGGAUUAGGGUCAGGGUUGGAGGGUGCACUGCUUAUACUUCUGUUGUGGAUAUGAAGCCUGGCGAUCCCAUUGGUGCAUGGAACUAUGGCAUUGAGCUCCAAUGGGUGCCUCCAAAUUGACCGUUUUAGGGUCUUUGUGUUUUGAUAGCGUGUCUUCAUAGUACUUGUUAUGUGUGCUUUAUGUUCAUCUUAUUUGCAACCUUAUAGUUACUUUUAUGGGUCUCUUUCUGUUUAAUUAGAGAAUAAACAUCUGGUCCUAUCAGUUUCUUA